GAACGGAACCGUUAUGAAAUUGCCAUUUAAAACAAUUUGUCAACGGCACCAAAAACCCAAGGAAACUGGACAGAGAAAUCCACAAAGAAAAACGGACGAGGAAACCGAAAAUGUGAAAAUGAAAAUAAUAAUGAAAGAAUGAAUUAUGAACUUAUACGCGCCAGACCCGAAGGACCUUGCCAACUGAAUAUUGCACUACCAACCCACUUCCUGGCCCACCCCCAACCAGCCCCACCCACCAUUUUGUGGGACGUGAGAGGAAAGCAAAAAUGGCGUGGCACAAAAAUGAUUGUGUAUGUUAAGUUUGGCACGCGCCACGCCUACAAUAAACCGCAAAAGUCAAAAGGAGCGUCCGGAUGGAGGAUAUAAAGAUGGAGGGAGAUAGAGUGCCCACAAAAGUAUGCAACAUAUUUCACAGUUCGAGGCAGAUGGCGAUGGAAAAGGACAAAACAGACCCAAGGGAAAGCCCCACUGUCGCCACACGCCCACGAGCCCACUCUCAAAAGCGUGACUGUUACUUGCAGCAUCCCAGAGCACCCCACGCCCACCAUCCGGUCACCCCACCCUGAAUCACCCCUUCCAUUCGAAGCAGAAUUUUUGAAUUAUGUGCGCUCUGGGCGUAAGUUAUACUUAACUACAUGCCGCAAAAGUUGCUACGCUCUGUGUCAUGUUUAUUGCGAUUUCAUGUGCCAUUACACCCACAAGAGCGACAGGGACGGAGCUAAGGAGGGCGAAAGAGAUGGCGACAGCCAACGAAACUGCCUGCUAAUCUGUUGAUAAAUAAACAGAGUGCACAACUUGAUGGCUUCAUAUAAA